UACAUAAAGUCAGGACAUAGUAGUUUAAUAGAAGAGAGAAUCCCCAUUGAACAAUUCCAAAUCUCAAUAGUUGAUUCUUCUGGAAAAACUCUUCCCUUUUGAAUUGGAAAUUCCCCAUCAAACGUGUAUUGACUUUUCCAACAAACAAAAAGAAUUUCCCCACACACAUCUAUAAAAGCAAAAUAAAGCAUGUUUCAAGGAAGACAACAUUACAACAUAGAAAAUUUCUUUUCCCACCCCCUCCAAUAAUGACUAACACAUUAACAAAAGAUCAAAUUGCUGAUUUCUGGGAAGCUUUUUGCCUCAUUGACAAAGAUUUUGACGGAUUCAUAACUGUGGACGAGUUGAUAACAAUUAUCAAAUCAUUAGAGGGAAAUCAGAAAAAUGAAGAAAUUCAAGAAAUGAUUAGCAAGGUCGAUUUAAAUGGAAAUGGCAGGGUAGAUUUUGAAGAGUUCUUGCAUAUUAUACAAAUGAAAAUGAAGGAAUAUUUGACUGAAGAGCUAAAAGACGCAUUCAAAGUAUUUGAUAGCAAUAAUGAUGGAUACAUAUCAGCUACUGAGCUGAGACAUGUGAUGAUGACAUUGGGAGAGAGACUAACGGAGGAAGAGGUUGAACAAAUGAUUAUAGAGGCAGAUUUGGAUGGGGAUGGUCGAGUUAGCUAUGAAGAAUUUGUAAAGUUUAUGAUGCUCAAUUGAUCUUGUUUCAAUUUUUAAGUCUACGGACUUUUUUUUUUAUACUAAUACCUCUUUUCCUUUUUACAAGAGAUAUGGUGUAUUUAAUCUAUAAUACAUUAAUUUUUAAUUU